AUGCAUUCACUCCCGUUUCUCCUCGCUGUCACCAUACUAGGAUCUCUGUACGUGAUCCUCACCAAGGGCCGUAGAGAAAAGGGUCUCCCUCCUGGAAACCUCCAUCAAAUACCAGUAAAAGGGUCCUAUCUCAAAUUCACAGAAUGGGCCGCCAAAUAUGGCGGCCUGUACUCCCUCAAACUGGGCACCGGAACUGCAGUUGUCAUCACCGACCGCCGCACCGUCAAGGAGCUGGUCGACAAGAAAAGCUCCAAAUUUAGCAACCGGCCUGAAUCGUUCGUCGCGAAUACCAUCACCGGUGGAUCGCAUCUGCUGGUUAUGCAGUAUGGGCCGCUGUGGCGCACGAUGCGUCCAGAAUGCGAGGCCGUGCAGAUGCUGAGGGAUUUUUGCGUGCAGCCUGAACAGCAUAUGCUACAUCCCAAGCGGUUUAGUAACAGCAUCAUCAUGAGUUUGGUGUACGGAGUUCGCACCCCUUCGGUGCAGACAGCACAUAUGACGCAGCUGUAUGAGAUGAUGGAGGGAUGGUCCAAAGUUAUGGAGCCAGGCAAUACACCCCCGGUUGACAUAUACUCUUUCCUGCACUAUAUUCCACAAAAGGUUUUCGGUAAUUGGAUCUCACGCGCAAAGGGUGUAAGCAAAGAAAUGUGUGUGCUAUACGGUCGCUACCUCGAUCUUGUGUACGACCGCCGCAAGAAACUCGGUAGUGCUGGCUCGUUUAUGGACACGGUGAUUGACCAGAAUGAGAAGCUUGGUCUCACGCGCCACCAGCUCUAUUUCCUUGGAGGUGUCCUGAUGGAGGGUGGGUCGGACACGUCGAGCUCAAUUAUUUUGGCGUUUAUCCACGCCAUGACCAAGUGGACGCACGUUCUUAAGAAAGCGCAGGUUGAAAUCGACGCUGUUGUUGGCGAGGACAGGACGCCGACAUGGUCAGACUACGACAAAUUGCCCUAUAUUGCAGCAACGGUCAAGGAGGCGAUGAGAUGGAGGCCAGCUGUCCCAUUGGCGUUUCCCCAUGCAGCUGCUGAGGAUGACUGGAUAGAUGGCCACUUCAUUCCCAAGGGAAGUACGGUCAUCAUCAACGGCUGGGGGAUGCACCACGACGCAUCCCGCUUUACAAACCCUUCUGUCUUUGACCCCGACCACUACAAGGGACAGAUGGCCCUGGCACCCGAACUCGCCAAUGCCCCUGACUACUCUUCACGCGACCAUUACGGCUACGGCACCGGGCGCCGCAUCUGCCCGGGCAUCCAUGUUGCCGAGCGCAAUCUGUUCCUGGCAAUUUCGAAGCUUAUCUGGGCCUUUUCCAUCGAGCCGGGCCGUGAUGAGACAGGGAAGCCCAUUGAGCCGGAUGUGGAUCCAAAGACGGGGUACAGUGAAGGGUUCCUAGUAUGCGCAAAUGAAUUUCCGUGUCGAAUUACCCCGAGGUCACAAUCCAGGCGAAAGACUAUUAUGGAGGAGUAUCGCCAAGCACAAGAAGAUGUAUUUUCGCGGUUUGAUAGCCCACCUUCAUAG